CAGAACUGUGACCCGGUUAGACAACACCACCAGCAGAGGUCAACUGAGGCUGCGCAGCUUCGCGCUGACUUCUGGGCGGCGGCCCCCCCAGACAGGGAGGGGCCCCCCGGACGCCCCGCGGAGCUUUCUGUGGCUCCGCCCCUGCGUCACGUGACCUCCGCCUGUUGCUGCGCAGCGCAGAAGAAGAGCGGCUCUUCUUCCGCGUUCCUCCCAGAUCCGACAGAGACGCGGACCUGGAGGGACAGACACACCUGAGGAGCAGGUGAGCUGGAGGCGGCGGGUUCGGCCCGGUUCGGUUCGGUACCGAGACUUUCUAUCCGCUUUCUGUCCGGAACUGGACCGGAACCUUUACUGCUGGCAGCUUGUCGGCCAUGAUGGUUCUGAUAUGAAAGCCGAUGCGGGUCCAGUUUCAGCUGCCGAGCCGUGGAGCAGAACCACCGCCACGCAGCCGGACGAGGGGACGAUGACCUCUGACCCCCAGCUGGACUUCUUCCAUAAGCUGGGCUUCUCCACGGCUCAGGUCCGGGCCGUCCAGAGGAAGUUCGGCGACGACACCGACAAGGUUCUGGGAGAGCUGGUCCGGGUCGGAGCCGGCCCACGGACCGCCGUGUCGGUCCUGGUGCCGCGAGGCGACGCCGAGGCCCCGGGCCCCGAGCUGCUGGUCCCCGUCCCCGACCCGCCGACCCGGAACCAGAACCGGGACAUGGAGGACCGAGACGCCCUGAGGGCCGUGGUGAUCGACGGCAGCAACGUUGCCAUGAGCCAUGGCAACAAGGAAGUUUUCUCCUGCCUGGGGAUCCAGCUGGCCGUCAACUUCUUCCUGGACCGGGGCCACAGCGACGUCACCGUGUUCGUCCCGUCCUGGAGGAAGGAGCAGCCCAGACCGGACGUCCCCAUCACAGGUAGGAGGACUCCAGGUGUGGCUCAGGGCUGCGGGGGGCCGCUGCAGGGCCCGGCGCGGCGCGGGGGGCCGCUGCCGGUGGAACCUGCUCCGCUCAGUAAACAGCUUCCAACACAGAACGACUGCUGCAAAACACGGGACGGAGCUUCUGGAUCAGAACCAGUUUGAAAAGUAAAACUUCCGUCUCCAGAACCAGAGCUGAUGAAUCAUGUCCAGAAUAAGGAACACUUCCUCUGCUCUGCUAAUUCGCGAAUAGCUGAGCUAAUUAUUAGCUUAGCAUGUCUGCUAACUUUGCUAAUAUUUAACACACCAAACUUCCGCUAAUUGAAUUUUUCCAGAUGAAUUCUGAAGUAUUUUCUUGGCUGUUUUAUAAACUUUCAGUUGAACAAAGUUCAACAUCUGUGUUCAAGUUUUGAUUUUUGACUCCAACUAGUUAGACUUUUGUUUUCAUGCUCUUAUUCUGAAGUCUGUUUAAGAUGUGGUUCUGUUUCCUCUCUCCAGAAAUUUCAUUUAAAAAAUGACAAAUAUACAACAAACAAAUAAAUAAUGUAUAUGUAAUGAUCAGAACUGAGGACCCGAAAUUUCAGUCAGACACAAAGUACAAAAUAAUAAGUUCUUUAUUGAAGUUCGGGGUAAGGGACAGGCAGCCACCAGCAAAGGAACAGGAACCUCUGAGGACAGAGAGGAAGGUUAGAGGGUUGUAUACUUGGGGAAGAGGCCAAGCUGAACAGAAAAGAACCACUAACCUACCUAGCGUUUGUGGAGGAUGGGUGGUCCAGGUAGCACAAAGGCUGGCAACCAGUGGCAGCUCCAGGGAGGGACGGAGCUAGGAGCAGGCAGGACAGAG